CCAUUUCCUCCUGAACGUUCUGACCACGCCCUCUCUGGCGUUGGUUUCCGGGUCGGUCGCCCCACGCACGGCUCCCGGGCUGCAACGUGAGGCCAGCGGGGAGCGAAGGAAGGGCAGCGCCCGGGAUGCUGGAGGAGCCGCAGGGGGCAGACAAGGACGGAAGCCCCCCGGGGGCCGGGCAGGAGGUGGGCGAGGACGGAAGCCCCCCGGGGGCCGGGCAGGAGGUGGGCGAGGAUGGAAGCCCCCCAGGGGCUGGGCAGGAGGUGGACAAGGAGGGGAGCCCCCCACUUGGAACCCCUGACCCCCCCCAGGGUAAGAAGAUUGUGCCGGGCAUCGUGUACCUAGGGCACAUCCCGCCCCGCUUCCGGCCCCGGCAUGUCCGAAACCUGCUCAGCGUCCACGGGGAGGUCGGGCGCAUCUUCCUGCAGCCCGAGGAGCGGUUCGUCCGGCAGAGGAAGAAGAAAGCUGGCGCCAAGGCCAAGAACUACACGGAGGGCUGGGUGGAGUUCAGGGACAAGCGCGUGGCGAAGCUCGUGGCCGCCAGUCUGCACAAUACGCCCAUGGGCACCCGCCGGCGCAGCCGCUUUCACUACGACCUGUGGAACAUCAAGUACCUGCACCGGUUCAGGUGGCCGCACCUGAGCGAGCGCCUGGCCUACGAGCGGCAGGUCCGGCAGCAGCGCCUGCGGGCCGAGAUCUCCCAGGCCAAGCGCGAGACCGGCUUCUACCUGCGCAGCGUGGAGACCAGCCAGCGCUUCGCCCGCCGGGCCGCUGCCGCCCCUGCCGGUGCCGAGGAGAAGAGCUGGGGCUUCGUCCAGCGCCCCACGGAGGAGGAGAUCCAGCGGCGCAAGGCAGGCGCGGGCGGGCGCCGGCUCCGUGGGCAGCUGGCCAAGGCCCGGGAGAUCCAGUUGAAAUCCCAGACCAGCCGCUCCUUGCUGGCCAAGAUCUUCAAUGCCGCGGACGCUGCCUCGGAGGAGGCACCAGGGGGGCCGGAUCUGUAGUGAGAACCCCGGGCGCUGGGGGGCGCUGUGCUCCAGGGAGUGGGGCAGGGGGCUGGGCCGGGGGCGCUCUCCCCUGCCAGUCAAGGCUGGACACUGGUGGUCGCCGUGCGGUAGGAAAUGGGGUCGGGGGGGCUUUAGGGUUCUCUCCUGUCUCUGGGAGGGGAGUGGAGUCUAGUGGGUUUGAGUGGGGGUUGCUAGGAGCCAGGACUCCUGGGUUCUCUCCCUGGCUCUGGGAGGGGAGUGGGGGCUGGUGGUUAGAGCAGGGGGGGCUGGGAGCCAGGACUCCUGGGUUCUCUCCCCGGCUCUGGGAGGGGAGUGGGGGCUAGUGGUUAGAGCGGGGGGGCUGGGAGCCAGGACGCCUGUCAGUUCCCAUCCAGCGUGGCAUGGAUGCCCCAGCCUGGGGCGGGUUGGGGUUUUGGGGAGCUGGCCAGGGCUUGGGAUACCAGCUUGGGAGCAGGGGGUUGGGGGAGGUGGAUCCGAACCAGGCAGCAGGACUCAACCCGGGGCACGGGGGGAGCUGGAGGGAGCCCAGAUUAAUUUAAACCCUGGGGCGGUUGCUGGUUGGGUGCCCUAUCCGAUCACCCCCAGCCCACUUCACCCACCCCUCGCUGUCCCCUGUCUGCCUCUUGGUUCUGGGGCGACGGGCGUUUGCCCCCCAGUAGCUGCUGGUUCCUUAGCCACGGUGGCAGGCUCUGAAGACCAGUCGUUGCCUUGAUUGACCCCAGUGUCUCGGCUCGGAACUGUCCCUUCCCCCCCUCCAUGGCCGCGCUCGGCCAUUGGUUUCCCGUGGGACACUUGGAGCGUCGGGCCGGACUUGAUCCCAGCCCCUCGUCUGUCCCGAAGACGAGCCUGUGACUGGCAAAGGAAAAGCCCCUUGGUAGCCUGCGGGGCCGGCCUGGUCGCCUGCUUCACCGGCCCCCUCGGACUCCGUCCCCGUGCGUUUGAUGCCAGCUGUGACCCGGGGGCUCGCCGGUCCCUCCAGCUGAGUGUGAUUAAAAAACCCGAGUGACUGAGAACGAA